AAGAGUUCUAUCACUGUCACUGCUGUCAGCUGUGAUUUGUGAUUAGGAGUGUUGUGUUUGUGUUGUUCUGGAAGAAGUAGAGAAUACAUACGAUCAUACGAUAUACGAUUUUAGUUCGCGUUAGUAGAACAAAGCAUCUAAAUUUAUAUUACACUGAGAACGCAAAAAGUUUAUUAUACUUUUCAAAAAUAGUGAUUUUGUUGAAAGCGGUAUUGUAUGGUUAAAAUGAAGAUUUUAAUAAUCGUAGCGGUGUUUGCUGCAUUUGCCAGCGGGGUAUUUGUCCCACCAAGACCAGGGCACAAAAAACAUCUGUUGGGCGCGGAUUUAUGCACACGAGGACCGGGACAUUGGUGCCAAAAUUUGACUACUGCUGCUGACUGCCAUGCCACUAAACACUGCAUUCAGACCGUUUGGAUUCAUCAAACCUUGCCACCAGAUGACAGCAGCGUUUGUCAAAUUUGUUUGGAUAUGGUAAAACAGGCACGGGAUCAGCUAGAGAGUAAUGAAACACAAGAAGAGAUUAAAGAAGUUUUUGAAGGCUCUUGUGCCUUACUUUAUAUCAAACCCAUUGUAAAAGAAUGUGACAAACUGGCCGACGAUUAUAUUCCCGAUUUGAUCGAUACUUUGGCAUCUCAAAUGAAUCCCCAAGUCGUCUGCUCUGUAGCCGGACUUUGCAACAACGAAAGAGUUAAAAAAUUACUAGAGGAAGCUGAUGACGAACCAACAACUGAAGUAAUGCCAGGUAAAGUAGAUAAAUGCAAAGGGUGUCACCAAGUGGUUGAUAUUUUGGACAACAAAUUUAACAAGAUGUCGAGGGAUGAAUUCCUGCAUGGACUCUUAAAUUUCUGUGGUAAAUUCAGCAGCUUUUCGGAUGGAUGCAGUAAUCUCGUUAUCACUUAUUUCACCGAAAUAUACAACCAUCUUCAACAACAUUUGAAUUCCGAGGAAGUUUGCCUCUUCUCUGGAGAAUGCAGUGCUCAGUUCCAUGCUCACAGAGCUAGAGUUGAAAUCACACCCAAUUCUCAUAUUGGCUACGUUAAUGUGGGAGAUGAUAAAGAUGACGUUCCGUGCCAACUUUGCGAACAGUUAGUUGACCAUCUCAGAAAUUUAUUGGUAGCUAAUACCACCGAAGAUGAAUUUAAACGGGUAAUGGAAGGUCUUUGCAAACAAACCGGUAAAUUUUCAGAAGAGUGCGUUGAGCUGAUAGACCAAUAUUAUGGCGAAGUAUACACCUUCUUAGUAGAUCAUCUGAAUGCAACGGAAGUAUGUGACGAGAUUGGAAUUUGCAAAGCGAGUAAGGAAAAGGAAGACCUUUACAUUGCACCACUUUUGGAAAAAAAUAAUGCAGAAAAAGCAUUGGAGAUUUCUUCUGAAAGAAAACCGGAGAAAGUUGAUAUGAGUGCAUUAUCUGAAGUUAACUUGGAACAGCAAUUACCUAUUGAUCUUUUGAUGCCACCACAUACUCAAAUUCUUUACAAUAAGGAACUCUGCGCAUUUUGUGAAUAUUUCUUACAUUAUGUCCAGAUCGCACUUACAGAUCCUAAAACUGAAACAGAAAUUAAGUCAGUAAUAGAAAAAGCCUGCAAAGAACUACCAGUUUCAGUCAACGCUACUUGUAUGAGCUUCGUAGAUAUGUAUGAACCAGCUCUAGUUGCUCUGCUAGAUCAGGCAAUAGAUCCUUCCCAAGUAUGUCCCUUGAUAAAAGUUUGCCCUUCUUCGAAGAGUGGUAUCGAAGUGUUUAUGGAAGCUAAGAGCGAUUCCAAAUGUCCUUUGUGUCUUGUUGCUGUUACCAAGUUGGAAGAGAUGGUAUCUAAUAACAAGUCUGUGGCUCAAAUCAAGGCUGCGCUUGAAAAAUUGUGCAAUGUUCUUCCAAAAUCGAUCGACAACCAAUGCGAAGCAUUUGUUGAUAAAUAUACAGAUCAUAUCGUCGACAUGUUACUCGCUGAUUUGACUCCUGAAGAAGUGUGUGUAGCAUUAAAACUCUGUACUGAUGAUAGAAAAGUUAAUUCCUUACCACCAUAUGUAGUCAGGCAAAUAGGUGGAAAUAUCGAAACUAACGUUAUACCCGACAACACUGUCAAUGGUCAAAUAAUCGUUGAUAUCCAUACUGGUUCUAUUGGAUCCAAACCAGAGUGUAUAUUAUGCGAAUUCGUGAUGAAGGAAAUAGAAGAUCAAUUGAACGAUAAGUCGACUGAUGCUGAAAUUGAAACUGUAGUUAAAGACAUUUGCAAGAUUAUGCCAUCAUCCGUAAGACAAGAUUGUGAUAAGUUUGUUGAUCAAUAUGCUGACACUGUCAUUCAGUUAUUGAUUGCUGCUCUGGAACCAUCAAAAAUAUGUUCGUACAUAAAAUUGUGCGCAGGAUCACAGAUGGACAUGAUUAAAGUUCAAAUUUUGGAGUGCCCUGUUUGCGAAAUGACCGUGGAAGUGAUGGAAAAGAUUUUGUCCAAUCCGAACGUAGAUCACGAUAUUGUUCAUGUAAUUGAAAAAACUUGUAGAGGUCUUCCUGCGAAAUACAGACCACAAUGUAUCCAAAUCGUAGAAGCUUAUGGUAAAGAGAUGAUCGACUUAAUCGUCCACCAGGGUGGCAAAACUGUGUGCCGAAAAUUCGGAUAUUGCAAAUCUUCACUUGGGGAAGUUGUGAUAGAUUAAAGUUAUAGAUACUUUAAUAAAUUAGUGUUACAUGUUAAGCAAGGCAAAAUUAUUUUGUGUCAUAAAUUACCAAAGUAGAUUUAUUUGUAAACCUAAUCUUAAGUACUUUAAAAUAAAAAUAUGGAAGUAGUUAUUAAUGAAUUAUCUUUAGUAGACAGUUGUAUUACUUGGGAGAUUAUUUUGUUACUUGACUGGAUUCUGUGAUACCGCUGGAUAAUUUGGAAUCUAAUAAAAUUUCAUUUGUA